AAGAGAUACAUUUCGCUUCGAUAUCGUAUAUUGCAGAAGUGUUUCCGUGCUGUAUCACAUUGUAAAGUUGAAAGACUCCACUUUGAGUCCACCUUCCAAGAUGUGAAAUUAAUCUGCCACUCGAAAUGUUUGCCAACAAAUAUUACGAGCGCGAUAUAGAGAACGCUUUCGCGAUAAAUCGCUUCUUUUUUCGCAUGAUAGGCAUAUGGCCAUUACCGCGUACGAAUUCCUUUCUUCUGGAUACGAUCGAGACAAUCACGCUGGUCUUCGCGUGUUUGGUUUUUCUCUUGGGCGACAUAAUCCCGUCUAUGCUGUACAUAUUUAUGAUAAUGUCGGACUUUCAGGUGAGGCUGAGAGUCAUGGGUACCUCAUUACUUGCGAUAGUAGAAAUGAUGAAAUAUGGCUACAUACUGUUUUACCAGAGUCAAGUGCGACACUGCCUAAUGCUGAUCGAUGAAGACUGGCGAAACGUUGUCAGUCCGAAGGAUCGCAUCUUAAUGAUCGACAAAGUUAGAACUAGCAAGCGUUUGAUUGUUAUGUGCGCCGUAUUCGUGUAUCUGACCAGUGUGGCUAUCCGAAUGAUCGUCCCGUUGUCAAUGGGAAAGAUCGUUACUGCUCAAAAUGUUACUAUCAGACCGUUGCCGUCCGUGGCCCAUCUCGUUAUAUUUGACGUGCAGCGUAGUCCCGUUUAUGAAAUUGUAUAUUUCACGCAAUUUCUCGGGGGAGUUAUAAAGUACACCAUUAAAUUGGCAACCUUCGGUUUUGUCACCAUUUGCGCGAUGCACUUUUGCGCGCAGUCGGACAUACUAGUGACGUUAAUGAAUGACUUUGUGAAUGAAAGACAACCGGAAAACUUGAACAAGAAGUUGGCUACUGUUGUGGAACAUCAAAUCAAAAUAAGAAAUUUCUUACACUUGAUGCAGAGUGUCACUCAGUAUCCAAGUUUAAUAGAAGUCCUAGCAUCUGCCUUCAUGAUAUGUCUCGCGGGAUAUUACACUCUCAUGGAAUGGGAAAAUCAUAGUAUUGUACGACUAUUCUCAUAUAUCAUUGCACUAGUGACGUUCUGUUUCAAUUUAUUUAUCUAUUGUUACAUGGGCGAGAAAAUCAUCGGGCAGCUAUAGAAUGUGGAUGCAAAAUGAUAAAAAUAUCCACAGAAAAUAUAUCACAGGAUUCAAACACGUAAGUAAAUUAAUGUUGAUUGGAUCCCCCCCCCCCCCCUCGCUCUCUCUCUUUCUGUGUCUUUAGACGAUGACUUUCGUCUUGAUAACUUAAAUAGUUUGUACUUUUUAUGUACUUUAUGCUUAUUUAUUCCAACAUAUUAAAAUUGCAUAAUUUUUAAAUUUAAUUGAAAAUGUAUUAUGAUUAACGAUUCUUAUAUGAUUGAUUGUACUUUUCUUGUACUAAAAUUUUAUGCAACACUUCAGUAUUAUUGUGAUGUAAAUGAGCUGUACAAUAAGCAAUAUUGUAUUUUGCUCUGAAAUUUCUUGCUCAUUAUCACACUUGGAAAUCCACCUUUUUUACAAGCUAUUAAAAUCUAUAAAACAUUCAAACUGUGAUCGAAAUUAUUUUAUAUGGAG